GCUUUGCGAAAACGCGGGUUGUGUAAAAGCUCUCUGUUUCAAGGUCGCCUGUCUUGGUCUGUCUACCUUAUCAUCCAUGUUCUGGGCAUCUGUUGCCGCGUAUUCACGAAUAAAUGACUUAUUGUCACGACCGGAUCUCACAAUGAAAGAAUUGCUAGAUGAUGACGAUGUCUUACAGAAAUGUCGUGAAAAAGACCCACGUCUAAUUAAUUUUUUAUCACGGUCAGACAAUUUGGAUUACCUAUUAGAUUUGAUUAGUCGUACCCCUGUGUCUAACACUUUUGAUCAUAAUUUGUAUAGAUAUCCUAGUUUGGCGUGUGAAAUUCUAACCAAUGAUAUUAAUCAAAUACUAGAUGCAAUAAUUGAACCAACACCAGUACAUAAAUCAUAUAGUCUUUUUCAAGGUUAUCAACAUGAUAGUGAUAUCCAUGAAUCAACUGGUAUAUUUUCAUUGUCAAUGAUUCAUGAUGAUGAUGGUGAUAAAAACUGGGAAAGAAACAGAUUAUCAGAUACAUUCGAUUUGAAUAGCAAAACUAAUGAUAUGUUGGUUGUCGAUGAUAAUUCACAACAUGUAAAUAGUUCAAUGGAAUUAUGUCAAAUAAGCGCAGAUAAUAAUAUUAAGAAUGAUGAUGAUGAUUCUACUAAUAGUGCAUCAACUUCAAUGUCUAUUAUUGAUGAAUCUAGUAUGAUGAAUUCUCAAGAGAAACUGUUAAGUAAUAGUGAAUUGGAUGAUAUGAAUGUAGUCUGUUCAUCUAAUAUCACCUUAUCAUCUAUAACAAAUGUAAAUGAUAAUGAGACUAAAAUGCUUACAACAAAAAGAACAAAUAAGAUAAACUCUCCGCUUACACGUCCACGUGUAGACAUGUUGAUUCAAUUUUUUAAUUCAAAUCAACCAGUUAAUCCAUUAUCUGCCAGUUUCGUCUCACGUCUAUUGAUACAUUUAACUUUGCAUCGUGGUAGUGUUAUAAUUCCCUACUUGCGAUCAUCACAAAAGUUUUUGGAUCAAAUAUUUUCAUGCUUAGAUUCAUGUGCUGUGGCUGAUUUAAUCAUUCAAUUGGCUCAACAAGAAACUAAACAACAGUGUGUUAUCUUUGAAUGGUUUAAAGCUGAUCGUCUUGUAGAACGUUUAGUCGAAAAAUUUGAUCCCAUGUAUUCAUUUGAGAUGCAUGAGUCAGCAGCACAUUGUUUAAUUGAAUUAAUCACAGUCUUACGUAAUUAUUUAAUUAACAAUCCUUCAAAUAUCACGGAUGGUAUUAUCCUUGGCAGUGGCAUCAUCAGCGAUGUUGAUGUUAGUAGUACUGAUAUGCUAGCUAAUGCAACAACAACGAAUCAUGGCUGUUUCAAUACUGCUCAGACUACUGAAUUACCUUUUAAUAGUCCAUAUACUAAUCUAUUUGAUAAAGAUGAAGAAACGUAUAAAGCAGCUGAGAAUUUGUUAAAUAUAUUAGAAAGUGAAGAAACAAUGUCAAUGUUGUUGAAUCGUAUCUUGUGCAGUGAAAAUGUCCCAUCGUCUAUUGUAGUCAAUUGUGUAAAUGUAUUUAUGGCUGUAAUGGAUAAACGGAAACCUGAAUCUUGUUUUUCUGUUGGAGAGAAUGGUGAGACAUUAGGUUGUGAAUCAUUAUUUCAAGGCGGUCUUCUACGUCCUAUUGAUGCAUGUUCAGGUGAUAAUAAUGGUAUUGGUAAUUUUAAUCCUUUUGUAAAUAAUAACACUUCAACAGAUAAAAAUGGUAAUAAUCCUAUGAUUUCCCUUCAAGAUAACGUUAUUAUUGACAAGGAUUAUGAUAUGAAUGGUGAUGAAGGUAAUGGUAUAUCAUCUAAUGUUGGUGAUACUUCAUCGGUUAAUGAUGUAAUUGAUGAUGAUAAUAAUAAUAAUACGCUGACUAUUGAUAAAUUGCACAUUUUAAAAGCUUCUGAAAAUCUAACCAAAGCAUGUUUACCACGUUUAAGUGAACUUCAUGAAUUAUUGAAAAGAUUUCAUUCACAAUUUUACAAUUGUAUGCCAACUACAAAUGGUAUAUUGAAUCCACCUCUUGGUCGAUGUCGUUUAGCUAUUGUACAGUUUAUCACUGCUCUUACAUCCCUUUCCAUCAGUAGUACUCAGUUGUUUAAAGCAAUUGUGGACACUGGAUUUGUGAAGACUUUAAUGGAGUUGUUUGAACAAUAUCCAUUGAAUACAUUUCUGCAUCAUUGUGUUGUUGACAUCUUGAAAUCUUUGUUCAAACAUUCACGAGUUAUCACUGGUAGUGAUAUUAACUCUUGUAUAUCAGGUAAAUCAAACAAGCCUUCGAAUAAUUCCGCUCCUGAAGGCAUUAUUACUGAACAAAAUCAAAAUGACAAGCAACCAACUGAAUCUCUAUCUUCAGUAUCUUUACCUUCACCUUCGUUCAAUUCAUCAUCAUCAUCGUCGUCUUCUUCUCCUGUUACUGCCACAUCUAUAAUUGCUGCUGUAGAUAGUUCAAUUGAUUCAUGUAGUGCAGCUGUUAUCGAUCAAUAUGAUGUGAAAAGACAGUGUAGUGAACCUUGUAAACCUUCUGAUAUUGGCGCUACUACUACUUGCUAUGAUGAAUUAAGUAGUAUCUUCGUCAGUUUAAUAAAAGAUUACCAUAUCAUUGAUUGGUGCCUACGAUUAUCUCCUCUACCAGCUCGAGAUGAACGGCCAAAUAAUCGUUAUUCACCUAAUUGUUUAGUUCGAUUGUCUAAAACUUCUCCAAAACCGGGUUAUUCUGGGCAUUUAUGGCAAAUUGCCAAUAUGAUUGAGGCAGCAAUAAAUGGUCCUCGUGGAGACUUUGUAAAAUCAAUUAUUCAAGAAAUAAAUAUGAAAGAUUCUUGGUCAGAAUUCGUACAACAGGAUCUCAGCAUAAUUAACUCCAUACAAGUUACUGAGGAUCUUAGUGAAGAUUCUAACAUGAGUCAAGAGGAGAAUUGGAUGCGCUUGAUAACUCAAUACAAUUUAACUGAAUUAUCGGAUAUAUUCAACUUCGCCACUGGGGGUUUAAGUCGAUCCAAAGCACCUUUCGUACUGGCACCGAUUUCAUCAUCUAAUUUAAUGCAAAAUAAAUUAUGCGAUAUGAAUGGUAGAACGAUAUUACAGUCUACAGAUGUUGAUGAUGAUGAUGAUGACCAUGAUAAUGAUGAUACUGAUGACCGACAACAACAACAACAACAACCAAAGCCAGAACAAUCUUCAUUCUCAUUACUUUCAUUUCAAGCAUCUUCAAGAAUUGACAGCAAUACUGUUAGUGAUAGAAUUUCCUACAAUUUAUCUGAUUUAUGGUUUGAUCCAGAUAAUGAAUCUGAAGAUAAUCAAGAACAGAAUAUGCAUGAGAUCACUUCUAAACCCUUUAAACAGAUAAAGGAUAAACAGAAGGAGCAAAGAGAUGUGAACGAUUACGAUAAUGAUGUUGAUGAUGAUGACGAUGAAGACGAUGAAACUGCUUCCAAAUUGAAUCAUCAUGGUAGCAGUAGUAGUAAUCCAAUUAGCGAUGAUGAAGAUAAUGAUGUGAUGGGGACGAAAGCGACUAGAGAAGACAAAGAUGGUGGUGGUGAUGAGGAAGAGCAGGUUGCUGCUGCUGCUGAUGAUGAUGAUAACGACGACGACGAUGAUGACGAUGAUGAAGAGGAUUUACAGUCACCUAUACAAAUUAAGCAACAGCAUUCCAGUAAACAAACAAACAAUUGUUCACCAUGUAUCUUAAUCAAUAGUAUGAAGGAAGAUGAAUUUGAUGAGUUUGAUAUUCUUCGUAAACCUAUUGCUGAAUUCAAGAUCUUGGAAGAUGUUAAACUUGAUUCUACAAAUAUUAAUCCUUGGGAUGAAGGGAGUCUAUGUACACCAACUUCUGAAUGGGCUAAUUUCAAUAAAGAAACUUUUUCUUCAUCUAGUCAAUCAGAUUCCAAUGAAGAAGCAGCUAUUAAAUGGGCUAACUUCGAGGAUGUCUCUUCAAAGAGUGUCAAUUCCGAAAUGAUAUUCCAAGCAAGUAUGAAUGGUAUCUCAAAAACUGAAACAACCUUGACUACCAACACUGAUGUUACUACUAAUAAUAGUAAUAGUAGUCAUGAUACACCUGACAAUAGUUCUCAUGUGAAAUGUAAUACUUCCUCUAUCUCCUCCUCUCCUAUGAAUAUGAACAAUGUUGAAGGACAACAACAACAGACAAAAUCAAAUGAACCUAUUCCUGGUAAUCCCUCUCAUCAUUCACCUAUUCUACCUUUAUUGAAUACAAAUCUUUUCAAAAAGCAUCCUAAACUGUGUACAAUUGUUUAACUGCAUCAUUUUCUGCUCACCUUCAUAUCACACAGCGUCGUAGAGCUUAUCGCCUUAUACCUGCCUACAUACAUGCACUCACAGACAUCAAAAGACUUUCAAUUUAAGGGUGAAGGAGUAUCUUGUGUGUGUGUGUGUGUGUGUGUGUGUGUGUGUGUGUGUGUGUGUGUGUGCAACUUGUUCUCUGUUACUGGCUUACAUAUUAACCUACUAUCAAUAUUAUUCUACAGAUGUAUUUUCUCCUGAUUAUUUACAUUUUAUCCUUUCAUUAUCCAUUCGUAUAUGUGGCAUAUUUCUUAAAAAUUGUUUGAAGUAAGCACCACUUUGAUAAAUUAGAUAGCGUGACUAAUUGAGCAUUUUUAACUUUGUAAAGUUUUACUUUGUCCUUAAAACCCACUAAAUAAUAAUAAUAAUUUGUUCCUAGUGGAACAUAGGGCCUCAGUAGUAGUACGUCUCCAGUGCACUAUGUUCUCUGCAAUAUUUUAAACCUCAUUCCACCACUGCCCACAAGCUCUCCUUUCUUCCUCACACGAUCUCCUCCAUGUCACCCUCACCUCGGACACCCAACUUGUCGUUUCCCAUCUAGAUUCCACUUGAGUGCCUGGCCUGGCACGUGAUGUCCCCAUAUGGUCUUCUCAGUGUAUGCCCUAUCCAUCUCUACUUCAUUCCAGUCCAUAUUUGUUGAGCUAUAGGUUGGUAGUUGGUUCGUUCUCAGAGUUCCUUCCAUUAAAUAAUGAAUGGUUGUAUUUCUUUCAGUUAGUCAGCUUCAACAUAAUCCUUCAAGUUACCAUAUUCUCAUCUUAGUAUAUCAAGAGUGAUUGCACCUAGAUGGGAAGAUAAAGAAAGAAGGAAGAAAUUAGUUCAAAAGUAUUAAAGGGAUUUAUGAAAAGAUAACAACAAAGAAGGAGACAGUCAUAUCACGUAAAUUCUUCAAUCAGACUGACUUUAGUUGUCGACAUGGAUGCAAACAGGAGAAUUCAUACUCUCCUACACCGAUCAGAUAAACAGUUCUAGAUAACCUUAGUUAAUACGGUAUUUUAGUUGAACCUGCUGUAUCCUUUUUCUAGCCUAAAAUGAUUUCAGGCAACAUGACUCGAUGUUGACUAGACAUAUGCAAGACAUAUAUUUCAACCAUCUGAAUCGAUGAAUGUUCACAUUCUCAUGAACUGACUUACCUCUUCCAUUUGAUUGAAUUUGGGUUUUUUUGGGGAUUAAGUGAUUUUUCAAGUUGAUAUUGAUCAUGGACUGAUAGCAGUUGAAGGAAUAUUGGAAACCUGGAAGCAGUGGACAGCUGUUUACUCCUAGUAUGGGACUCUUCAGCAGUGUGGAUCCAUGACUUCGCCAGCAAUUGAACUCAGGACUUACAGGUUCCGUGGCCAGCCAUUGGGUGGCGAUCCAAUGGUCUAUAUUUUCUACUUCUGUCAGUUCACACAACCAUCAUCUAGCACCAUCCUCAUGGCCCCCAGGUUUGACCCACCGGUCACGACUUCUUUCACUUAAGCUACUUUGGCUGACGUGUACGUUACUGACGUGGUGAUACCUCGAUAUAGGGGGCAAUGGUGACCGAAUAUCUAAAGAUUUCUCUAAUCCUCUACUCUUAACAGUCAUUUUUUUUCUCAUUUAUAUGCUAUUCUAGGGGAAUUUGGAUUACGGUGGAAGAGAGUUCAGGAGUGGCCAGGCCAAGACCAGAUAUCAGUCGAUGAAGUCUCUUAUUGUAACCAGCCAGGUGUAGAUAACCUGACUGAAGUCCCUGAGAUAAUAGGAAUCAGUGGUUGAGCAGUCUUUGUGAAAUGGCUGAAAAUCGGUCAUAGUGGUGGAGAUGUAUUCACUGUUUGAUGUCUUUUAAAGCUUGAAUGUUUAUUCAUUCUCUUAAACAACUUUAUCUACUUUGAUAUCACUUUUUUUUCUAUCUACCAGCUCUUUAUAUACUACUAUGAAGUGUAGGAACUUGAAUGGAUGCACUUAUGUGCUAGAUUCUACGCAGAUUUUGUCGGUCUGUCAUUGAACUCCAUGUAAUAGAACAAGAAAAAAAACACGAAAAGCUCGACCUUUAUUAUUUCGUUUUUACAAAAAGCGCUAAUAAAUAACAACGAAGUGACCUCAACUUACUACAUUCAAACAAAAUCAUCAUUCAAUCAAUGAUUCAAUUAAAGAUUUCUCUUAAGAAAGUUAACCAAUCAAGUUGAACACAAGCUCAUACACAAAUUAACAUAACAUUCAUUUCUCACUCUUCCAUUCACAGUCAAUUUGCUUAACAAUGAAGUGAAGCUAUUUAGAAUGAUUUCUUUUUAUCACCAUCAUACUUAGUGGUAUAUCAUGUUAAAUGAAAAAAGCCACUAAUCACUCAUAGGAUGAAUCGUCAACUGUGUAAAUAUGUUACCAUUAUGCCAUUCACACAUUGUGACUUACAUUUUUGUAAGGUUCAAUAGUAUUUACAAAUUCCUCUCAGUAAUUCGUCUAGAUAGAUAUGCAAAGUGUUCAUUAGAUAUUCACAUCUGAAUAGUUCUUUUAAAACUUAGGUAGAAUAUGUUUCACUCAAUGCUUUCAUAUGUAGAGUAUUUGAUUUCAUAAAUCGACAUAAUUUAUCCAUCCUAGUAUCCAUCAUACACUGAUCGAAAGGAUAAGUCCAGUUUAUCUAGGAUAAACUGUCUAUCUUCGUGUUGUCUUUUAUUUUUGACAUAAAAGUUAUCCGUUAUCAUCUUGUAGGCUAGAUUGACACUUUUCUUUUGUUAUUCACUUAUAAUAUGGUGACAUCUGAAGUUGAAACAGAAUGUAUAUUGCGAUGGGAAUUUAUCUGACAUCAUUAGGGUUUUUACCUACUGGCCCCAGCCACAAUCUAGCUAUCUUAUCAAUAUAUAAAAUAUAUCUCGGGCAGUCUCUCUCUCUCUCUUUCUGGUGUAGUUUGUUUCCAGGUGAUUAACAGUGCAAUCCAGGACGUGUAUUUCAUUGUACUCAGAACUCUUCAGCCUGGUGUGCUUGCAUCUCAGUGAAUGAUAGUGUUCCCACAAAGACCUGGAACACUUAGCAUUGAAUCUCUUCAUCUACCAUAACAUUUUUAAUUAGGCUACUCAGUCAUUAAUUUGGAAUCAAUAAAUAAAUCUCCAUAAAGCUCUAGGUUGAAUUACUGUCCAGUGUUUAUUAAUGACUUUCUUCGAGAUAAGAUUUCGAAAGUCCCUGAUUAGAAGUCAUGACAAGUGAAGCAAGACAAAAAUCGAACGUGAGGACAGGUACUCAACAGUAGCAUUGGUCUGGAGGUCAUAGUAUAUCGUGAACUGUCUGAAGUAGAAGAUAUGGAUUAUUGGAUUCCUACCUUGUAGGACCUGAAGGUCCUAGGUUCCACCUCUGAUGGAGUAAUGUGUGCGUAUUGCCGAGGAGUUUCGUGGUGGGAUAAAACAACUGUCCAGUGCUCUCAAGUUUUCCAUGGUUCUUAAACUAAUGUCAGUUUGUAAUAGUUACCAACGACAAAUAUGUGUUUCAUGCUUGUUUCCACUCAUCAGUAAAGUACAGAGGACAAUUAACACCUUAAAGAUUUCCCUUAUGUUAACCUACACAGCAAUUAAGGAACGUUGCCAUAGUAAGAAGAUGCCUGAAAUUAUUACUAACCAAUACUUCAGUAUUAAGUUAGACAUUUAAAACAAACUGUGUAACCGUUUUUUUUCAAUAACAUUCAUCAUUAGAAUAUGAUCUAUUCAUUUUAGAAACGAUUUCAUCAGCAUUCACCUUUUAUAAUCUCUUUAACUUCAAAAAUGUUUUCAUUAUCUCAAUUAUUCUUAUUUGUAUAACAGUCACAUUUAGGUCAAAAGGUUAUUGUGCUUUUCUCUUUUCAUUUCACUAAAUGUUGAAUAGAUUUUCUCUUAUCUUUUUUUGGGGGGUAUUUAAUGCAUUAGUCCAUUUAACAAGUAAUUUUUUUAUGGUAUUAGUAUUGCUACUAGUGUUAUUGACAGUAGUAUAUACUUGGAGAUUAGUUCAACUACCGUGUCGUUUGGUUUGCUAACACUGGUGUUGUUCAUAAUGGUGUCAAAUAUUCCUUUCCUAUGGCCAUGUGCACAAUAGUUGAUCGUGUUACAUUCUUAUCACCACUUGUUGUAUCGUUGUAGUGAAUAGUUGGUAUAAUCUGAU